AUGCCUUCCUCCUGCAACGACAUCCGCGCCGCACUCGCCUCGUGUCUCCAGAAUUCAGAUUGUGUACUGGUCCACCGCAACACCCCUGCCGACUGCCUCCGACCGCCACUCGCCGACACCCUUCCCACCCAAUGUCAGCAACUCAAGCACGGCUACGGCCAAUGCAAACGAGGCAUGAUUGACAUGCGGAAGCGCUUCCGUGGCAACAAGCCCAUUUCAACGAGCCUGGAACUCGAGGGCGAGAGCGCCGAUCUGGACAAGACGGAGGUCCCGAUGCUGUACGCUGGCAAGGGUGGAUUCGAGGGCGUGGGACCGAGAAAGACAGAUGGGAGAGAAAAGAGCGAGGAGGAGAUGGAGAAGGCUGGGUUUGAGCGAUUUGUGAGGAACGACGGGAGCGUGGACUGGAGGAAGAAGUGA